AUGAUUAAUGACUUUAUUUUUUUAUUAAGUACAAUGCUAGUGACAUUUGUGGCACAUUAUUAUUAUACGUAUUUUACUCGUGUCAAUCCUUUACCCGGUCCAUUCCCAUUACCAUUCAUCGGUAACUUGCCUCAAAUUUAUUGGUGGUUUAAUGGAAAUGGCUCAAUGUUUUACGAUUAUUGUUACGAGAAAUAUGGUGACGUACAUGAGAUCUAUAACGGUAUGGAACGAACAAUUGUUUUAUGUCGAUCAGAAUGUCUUGAAGAUUUUAUGUCAAAAAAUACGCAUGAGAUGAGAUUUCACAAUAGCAAAGGAUUAGAAGAAUUGGGAAUUGCAGGAAAAGGAAUAACGUUUAAUAAUAAUUUCAAAUCGUGGAUAUUUAAUCGACAUGUUUUUAAUCAAGCUAUUUUGUCACCGGAAUUUACUAAUGAAGCUAUUGGUUGGACAAACAAACUUUUCAAUGAAUUAGAAAAUUAUUGGAAUAAGUUAUUUCUUAAAGGAGAAAUUAUUAAAGAAAAUAAAAAUAGAUUGAAUUUACCUGAAUGGUUUAAUCAUUACACAAAUGACAUGAUUAUUAGAAUGUUAACUGGUGAAAAAUCUUAUUCAAUGGUAGCUUAUUUUGAUACUCUCAGUAACGAAAAAUCUCUUUAUCCACCAAUAAUAGUAGAAGAUUCUGUGAGAUUAUUCCAAUCACUUCGUAAAGUUCUUAUGGGAUAUUCAAUAUUUUUCUUGAUUCCUCCCUUCUUACGAAAUUUUGUUCCGUUUCUUAAAAAUAUAUCAGAUGAUGUACUUCAAAACAUGGGAUUUAUUAAUCAAAGACUGGAUGCAAUCAUUAAGAAACGUAGGCGUGGAAUUGAAAAUACACCAUUGGAUAAACCCUUACCGCAUGAUAUGUUGACGACGUUGAUUAUCAAAAAUACAUUUCGUGAUGUUAAUUAUAUUGGAAAUGAUGGAGCCAGUAGAUUUAUGACUGAUUCUGAAAUUCGCGUUAAUUUAUUUGAUGGAAUUUUUAAUGGAACUUGUAAAACUUCGAAUAUGCUUUCAUUAAUUGUCUAUUAUAUUGUACAUAAUCCGGAUGUGAAAAGGAAAAUGCUAGAAGAAAUUGAUAGUAUAUUUCAAGGUAAUAAAAAACGAUCAAUCACUAAAGAUGACUAUUAUAGUUUAAGUUACUGUGAAGCUAUUGUAAAAGAGGUAGCUCGCGUUUUCCCGAUAAUGCACUCGUUCACAAGAUAUAUUGAUAAACCCAAUGAAAUAGCAGGGUAUCAAUGGCCAGCUGAUACAUUGUUUAUAAUUAAUGUUAAAGCCAUUCAUAAUAAUGAUGAUUAUUGGGAAGAACCUAAUAAAUUUAAUCCUGAUAGAUGGAUGGUUGAAAAUUUUGAGCCAAAAAAGAAUUCUUUUAUCAUGUUUGGUGGAGGAUUAAGAUUAUGUCCGGGAAGAAAGUUGGUAAUGAUAGAAUUAGUUUGUUUGAUGGCUUUAUUGUUUAGGAAAUAUGAAAUUAAUUUAGUAGAUAUGAGUACUCCUAUUAAAACUAAAACUUCGUAUGAUAGCAUUAAAAUUUCUGAAUUAUUAGUUGAAAUUAAGCCAAGAAAUUGA